AUGUACUUUGGUUUGAACACCAAAGAUGUGAAAAAACUUGCUUAUGAAUUUGCAUUAAAAUUAGAUUUAAAAAUACCACCUAGUUGGACCAAACAUGAAUUUGCAGGUGAUGUUURGUUUUCUAGUUUUUUAAAACGCAACAAUACAUUAUCCGUAAGAAAAUCAGAGGCUACAAGUUUAGCUAGGGCAAUGAAUUUCAACCCAGUAAAUGUUAAAAAAUUUAUGGAUAAAUAUGAUUCAGUUCUUGUCAAAUAUAAGUUGGAAGCACAUCAGAUAUAUAACUUAGAUGAAACUGGGAUAACUACUGUGCAAAAUCCUGAUAAUUUUAUUAGAGGARGACUACCAGGGUGUAUARGCACAUCAAAUAAAUCAGGGUGGAUGCAAGGAGACCAAUUCUUAGAAGUUAUGCAACAUYUUGUCAACUAUGUAAGACCCACACCAGAAAAAAAGGUGCCRAUACUACUAGAUAACCACGAAUCACAUUUAUAUCUACCAGUAAUUGAUUAUUGUAGAAAAAAUGGUGUUGUGUUGUUUUCAUUUCCCCCUCAUUGCUCCCACAAACUUUAA